AUGUUUAAUCGGAACAAUCUCCCAUCUGUCCCGAGCCCUUUCGGAAGUCGACAAGAUGCUGGGCGUCCGUCGCCACAGGGCUAUUCGAAUCCCAACCAAGCACCGCCACGGUAUGGUAACAGCUCCGGCUACGCCCCAAGACCCGAUCCUGGACCUGCCCACGAUUACGAUGUACCCAUGACUGAUGCAAGUAAUGAUAUAAGGGGAUAUGGAGCUCCGCCACCAUCCAUGGGUCGGUCACCGCAACAAGUGCCUGACCGCAUGCCCCUCGGAAGACGGCCAGCGGGAGGGGCAGCUAAUGGCCCGACUUGGACGCUCUAUCCCAGCAAGAGCCCAAACGACAAUUACACUUUUGGCAACCUAGUCGCUGUGUCACCUCAGGAUAUUCCACCCAGCCGUGACGGCACAGACGUCCUUCUCCUCGUUAACGAUGUCUACGUCUUCUCCGCUCGUCCCCUCGAAGGCGUUCCUGCAGGUUAUAUCGGCAUGUCGGAUCCUCAGCGUACUUGGGCAAUGGUUGGAAUGCGAGAUGCUGUCAAGGUACAGCUCUAUGAUCCGUUCAGUCAAGGAGGUCAGGCUUACUUGGGAUCCGCCGACAUUGAAGUCAGCUUUGCAUCUCAAAAGAAACGAGUGGAGGCACCAUAUGACCAGGAUGAUCUUACAAAUGCUGUUAUUCGUAACUUCGAAAACCAACUGUUUGCUCCGGGUCAAAGGGUUCUGAUGGACCACAGAAGUAUUCCAUUAUUGCUCCAGGUCAAAACUGUUCAACGCGUGGACUUGACAUCUGAGAAAGUCGACCUUUCAUCUGGCGAAAUUGAGACCGACCCUGCAGCAAGAGGAAUUAUCACCCGGCAUACCCAGUUUAAUUUCUUCAAAGAUACGCAAACUGGCAUCAAUAUGAAACCGUCCAAUCGCCGCCCUGCAGCGAACUCGAUUAUUCAACCCGGGUUUAAGUUUGAAGACAUGGGUAUUGGUGGCUUGGACUCGGAGUUUAGCACCAUUUUCCGUCGGGCCUUCGCAUCCCGUAUCUUUCCCCCUGGUCUUGUCGAGAAGCUUGGCAUUCAGCAUGUUAAAGGUCUCUUGCUGUAUGGACCUCCUGGCACUGGUAAGACCCUGAUUGCCCGACAAAUUGGCAAAAUGCUGAACGCCCGGGAACCAAAAAUCAUCAACGGUCCCGAGGUGUUGAACAAGUAUGUCGGUCAGUCAGAAGAAAACAUUCGAAAGAUGUUCGCCGACGCAGAGAAGGAAUAUAAGGAGAAAGGCGACGAAAGUGGUCUGCACAUCAUCAUUUUUGACGAGCUAGAUGCCGUGUGCAAGCAGCGUGGCAGUGGCGCAGCGGGCGGUACUGGCGUUGGUGAUAGUGUCGUCAAUCAGCUUUUGUCCAAGCUGGAUGGUGUCGACCAGCUGAACAACAUCUUAUUGAUCGGUAUGACUAACCGUAUGGAUAUGAUUGAUGAGGCUUUGCUCCGUCCUGGCCGUCUGGAGGUUCACAUGGAAAUUUCCCUUCCUGAUGAAAAAGGCAGAAGCCAAAUCCUCAAAAUCCACACCGAGAAGAUGCGGACCAACAACGUUAUGGAUACAGAUGUCAACUUGGAGGAGCUUGCUCAAUUGACAAAGAACUUUUCCGGUGCUGAGAUCGCUGGUUUGGUCAAGUCAGCAUCCUCGUUCGCCUUCUCGCGUCACGUCAAGGUUGGUACAAUGGCUAGCAUCAACGAUGAUGUUGUCAACAUGAAGGUCAACCGAUCCGACUUUCAUCAAGCACUCGAGGAAGUCAAACCCGCAUUCGGUGUUUCGGAGGAGGAGCUUUCCAGUCGAAUCCAGUAUGGUGUCAUUCACUACUCGGAAACCAUCAACGAGAUCUUGCGGGAGGGUGAACUGUUCGUCAAGCAGGUCGGCGAAGCAGAGUCUACUCCGCUAUUCUCCGUCCUGCUGCAUGGACCUCCUGGCAGUGGCAAGACGGCCCUGGCUGCUCGAAUUGCCAUCAACUCAGGCUUCCCUUUCAUCAAGUUGAUCAGCCCGGAGGAUAUGGUUGGAUUCAGCGAGACCGCGAAGAUCCAGCACAUUAGCCGAAUCUUUGACAGUGCCUAUAAGAGUCGCACCAGCAUUGUCGUAGUCGACAAUAUUGAACGUAUCAUUGACUGGGUGCCCAUCGGCCCUCGCUUCAGCAAUAGCGUUCUCCAGGCUCUCAUGGUCUUCCUUCGAAAACAGCCUACGCAUGGCCGCCGUCUAUUAGUCCUGGCUACCACCACUGAACGGGCUUUGAUGAAGCAACUGGACGUCUACAACUCGUUCAACUCCGACAUUAUGGUGCCUAAUGUCAGAUCUUUCGACGAGCUUCGGUAUGUCAUGGAGAAGUCCGGCGCCUUUGAUGCCCAGGAGAUCUCACAGGCUCUUGAAAACGUCGGGGGCCUGGCGGAUGACGACCGUCUCAGCGUUGGCGUUAAGAAGGUUCUUUUGGGCAUCGAGACUGCCAAGCAGGAUGCGGACAAGGUCGGUCGAUUUGUCCGUGUAGUUAAUCGAGCCAUUGAAGAGGAGCAGAGCGUCUCUUAA